UGGUAAAUAUCUUUAGUGAUGGCUGACAGUGAUGACGAAUAUGAUCGCAAACGCCGUGAUAAAUUUCGAGGUGAGCGCGGGACAGCGGAGGGCAGCAGUUAUAGAAGCAGUGAUCGCCGCGAUGAAAGAAGCCGGGGUAGAGACGACUGGGCUGAGAGAUCCCAACCUCAACAUCCCGAACCACCUAAAAUACCCCCUCCAGUUCCCAAGCCUGUUAAACGAUGUUCGGUAGCUUUAGUUGUGAGAGAUUCUUGGGCUGGAAGAUCUCGCGGAGGUCGGUCAGGUCCUGACUACAGGGAUUACCGCGGCGGGGCUAGCGCUAGCCGUGGCUAUUCCCCAGUCCGUGGUGAAGGACCCCCCAACAAGCGUAUUAGGCCAGAUUGGCCGAUAGAUGACCGCAGAUAUGGUGGUAUGCCUCAUGACUCUUAUGGGUCCUAUGGGUGGGCACAUGACCAUUUAGGACCUCAUCCUGCUCAUCAGGGCUAUGGACAGCCUAUGCCACCAGUACCAGCAAGAGAUUAUGAUGUCAGGGAUGCGGUGCUGCCGAUGGGCGCGGUGGACGGUCCAUCCACUAUGAUGUCCUUCAAGGCCUUUCUUGCCGCCCAAGAUGACUCAAUCACCGUUGACGAUGCUAUUCAGAAAUACAAUGAAUACAAGCUAGAAUUUAGAAGACAACAACUCAACGAGUUUUUUGUUGCACAUAAGGAUGAGGAAUGGUUCAAGAUCAAAUACCACCCUGAGGAAUCUGUGAAGAGAAAAGAAGAACAGUUGGUUGCAUUGAAGAAUCGCUUGAAUGUUUUCCUGGAGCUAUUGGACAAUGGAGAACUUGACAGAGUUACAGUUGAUGUGGAUAAAUCAGAAAAACUGAUAAGGUUACUUGACACUGUGGUUAUUAAACUUGAAGGUGGCACUGAAGAGGAUCUAAAGGCCCUGGAUGAACCAUUAGCAGAGGAGAAAACUAGUAAUGAGAAGAUAGUUGAAGUAGAAAAACCAGUUGUAAUUGAUGUUGAUGCUGUAAAAGUAAAAGAAGAAAAAGAUGAACCCGAGAAAAAGGAAGAGCAAACUAAAGCGGAAUCUCCAAAACCGGGAGCUCCCCUUACGAUGGAGAUUGAUCCUCACUUGAAGCAACUGCAAGAGCAGGCAAAACUGUUCUCUCGAUUCAAUGCUGCGCCUGGCACAGAAGGAGAAACUGAAACACCCGAAAAAGAACCACCACCACCAGGCUCAUCGUCGAGUUCCUCAUCAUCCAGCUCGUCCUCUUCAAGUUCAGAGGAUGAAGACGAGUCCAAGUCUCGUCGCAAGUCAAAAUCCAAAUCCAAGUCCAAAACACCUGAGAAAUCACCUAAAACUAAAGAAAAGUCCAAAUCGCCAAGCAUAGAAAAAGAGAAGGAAGCAGUAGAGACAGAGAAAGAAAUAGAGAAGAAUGGAGACGAUAAAGCAGAGUCCAUAAAUGACGUCAUCGUAGAGAGGAAAGAAUCCCGGGCUUUGCAUAAAACUACCUCAAUCUUUUUACGGAAUCUUGCUCCUACCAUUACUAAGGCCGAAGUCGAAGCUAUGUGUAAACGCUAUGGUGGCUUCCUGCGCGUGGCCCUAGCAGACCCGUUGCCAGAGCGGCGUUGGUUCCGUCGAGGAUGGGUGACCUUCCGUCGCGACGUCAACAUUAAAGACAUUUGCUGGAACCUUAACAACAUCCGGCUCCGCGAAUGCGAAUUAGGAGCUAUAGUAAACCGGGACCUGCAACGCCGAAUUCGCUCAGUAUCUGGGGUGACACUAGAGAGACCCGUUCUACGCGCAGAUGCUCGCUUGGCAGCCAGGUUGGCGCACUUGCUUGAUACUCGCUCCCGUCUGUGGGCGAUUGAUAAGGAAGCCCAAUCGGAUGCUGAGAAGAACUCUAUGGAUAACCUAAUGAAUUCUAAGAACCCUGUGCUCCAUAAGAUCACUGAGCAUCUCAUAGAAGAGGCGUCUACAGAAGAAGAGGAGCUUUUAGGCCUAGAAGCAUCGUCAGAAUCAAAUACCGAGCAAACCGACCCAGAGUUGAUUCGCGUUUUAGACCGCUUGAUUCUUUAUCUGCGUAUUGUGCACUCAGUGGAUUAUUACAAUCAUUGUGAAUACCCUUACGAGGAUGAAAUGCCGAAUCGUUGUGGUAUUAUGCAUGCUCGAUCUGGACCUCCUGCUAACAAGCCGUCACAACAAGAAAUACAGGACUAUAUAAAAGCAUUUGAAGGCAAGAUGUCAGCAUUUUUGCAAGACGUCAAACCUCUCGCUGACGAGGAGUUACAGAAACUUGGUAUUAAGGACCCCGAUGCAGAAGUUGAGAAAUUUGUCGUAGCCAACACUCAAGAGCUGUCGAAAGACAAGUGGCUGUGUCCACUUAGUGGCAAAAAGUUCAAAGGACCAGAUUUCAUCAGGAAACAUAUAUUCAACAAGCACGCUGAAAAGGUAGAAGAGGUUCGCCGAGAAGUGGCGUACUUCAACGCGUACGUGCGUGACGUGCGGCGUCCACAGCAGCCUGAGCCGCCUGCGCGCGCCGGUCCGCCCGCGCACCACGCACCGCCGCCCGCGCCAUACGGCGGAGGGCCGGCCGCAGCAGGGCCACCGGCAGCGCGCUGGGGGGGCUGGGGCGGCUGGGCGCCUCCCGCGCCCUAUGCGCCCCGACACCCGCGUUUCUCGCGCCCCAGGGAAAAUGUGGAUCGAUCGCGGCCUAUUAUUGCAUACAACGAUCUUGACUUCCCGGAAAGUGGUGACAUAUUUUAAGUUGUGACAUACUCCCAUGACAUUUUUUUAUCAAGAUUCUGUUGUGUAAGCAUUCCGUAUUUACGACAUUGUUAGCGUAAUUACAUUUGCUCAGCUGGACUUAGAGUAUACAGUGGUACAUCUAUACACGUGUUUUAAUUAUAAGACACUAGUGAUUUGCAUACUCUUUUUUAUUUAUUACGUAAGUUGUAGCGGUACUUGACAAAUGUAAUUAUGUGUAUUUUUAAUUAUUGAUAUUUUCCAUUGUUUUGUAUUAAAUUUUUUGACUAUGCAGCUAUUUCAGAUCAUGUACUUAAUGUAUGAUUGUCUACUCCUGUUACAUCAUUAUACAAUGCAUUGCGACAUUUUGUACGUAACUUUAAGAGAAAGAAUACUGAAAUCGUUAUGAAAAUAAAUUGUCACUCAUUUAUUAAUAUCCUUAUUUUAUAAUUAAAACUUUUUCUUUAUUUAGUAU